AUGUCUAGUAAAGCGACUUUGGCUUUACUUAUCUAUGGAAUCUUAAUGCAUUACAGCAUUUACUGUUCACCUGUGGGGCUCAGCGUUCCCAGCUUUAGAUUUGACAGUGAGCUUUACGAUGAGGAUGGGAACCCUUUGGCUCCGGUGGAGUUUGAGCGCGAGGAUGUGGAGGUGAGGAGCGCUCCAGCAGACGACGUCUUCUCUCUGUUUUAUCCAGCAGAGGAAAGAACGGAAAGGCAUGCAGACGGCAUGUUUAAUAAAGCCUACAGGAAAGUGCUGGGGCAGUUAUCAGCAAGGAAAUAUCUCCAUUCUCUGGUGGCAAAACGUGUAGGCGGGGGUAAAACAUUCGAAGACAGCACGGAGCCUCUGUCCAAGCGCCAUUCAGACGGCAUCUUCACAGACAGCUACAGCCGUUACCGAAAGCAAAUGGCUGUCAAGAAAUACCUGGCCGCUGUCCUCGGGAAAAGGUACAGACAGAGAAUUAGGAACAAAGGACGCAGACUGGCUUAUUUGUAG